UCAUCAGAAUCAAUAAGAGGCAGAGCAGACAAUAGGAGGCAGCAGAGACAGCAGCUGCCGCAGCCUGGCCAGCUCACAGCCGGGAAGCACACGGUGUCUGUCGGCCCUCCACCAUGGAUGUCUUUAAGAAGGGAUUCUCCAUCGCCAAGGAGGGCGUGGUGGGUGCCGUGGAGAAGACCAAGCAGGGGGUGACAGAAGCGGCAGAGAAGACCAAGGAAGGAGUCCUGUAUGUGGGAGCCAAGACAAAAGAAGGCGUUGUGCAGAGUGUGACCUCAGUGGCUGAGAAGACUAAGGAACAGGCUAACGCCGUGAGCGACGCCGUGGUCUCCAGCGUGAACACGGUGGCCACCAAGACGGUGGAGGAGGCCGAGAACAUCGCUGUCACCUCGGGCGUGGUCAGCAAGGACGUGCUGGCACAUGCGCCCCCACAGGAGGAUGAGGCUGCAAAAGAGGAAGAGGGGGCGGCUGAGGAGGCUGAGAGUGGCGGAGACUAGGGGGCUGGCGAUCUCCCAGGAGGCCUGGAGAGAACCCCCUCCUGCCUCCGACCCCACCCCGUCCUGACACAAGGAGUGCUGGCCCUGGAGUGUGACCCUGCGGGGCUGCCCCUGCUCCUGGCACCCACAGGCCUGUCUCUGUGCUGCUGCUGCACCAACAGCGCCGUGUCAUCUUCCCUCCCUCCCUUCCGCCUUCUGGUCCUGUGACACACAGAUGCUGCUGAGAACUUGUUAUGUGUGCGGUUUUUGUUUUUUAAUGACUCUAAAUAAAAUUCAUGACCACCGUCCUGGUCAUGCAUGCCUGUG